GACCAGCUGAAGAGCUCCAGGGGAGAAUGGAUGCACAUCUCUUGCUCUCUCUUACCUUGUGGUGGGAGGGAAGGGGAGGAGGGGAAGGUUUAGUCAGGCCCAGAAGAGGUGGCCAGAGUGGGACAGCCACCUCUAGAAAGGUACAUCUGCCAUCACCGAGAAGGACCUGUAUUGCAAAGAGAUUGCUUCCGGAGUUUUGUGGGUUCCUGCGAAUCCCAGAGCAUGGUGAUGCACGGUCUUCUCUGUCCAGCUUCUCCUCAGGUGAGCAGUGUAGGUGGCUUCUGAAGCCACAGACCUGGUGACUCUGGAUCUAGCUGUUCAGGUUUGAUGGGUGACUCCUUACUGUAACAUUUACAAAAGGGCUUUCAUAACCCUGCACCUGAUAAAUACUGCCUUGCUUUGUAGUUGGCAAAGCAAAUGCAUCGGUCGGACAGACUAUAUGUUGUAUCUGUAUUUACAUAGGAGAUGGCAUAGUAUCUCACAGGUGCAUUCAUUCAACAACACUUAUCAGGAAGUUGAGUCAUCGCUGAUACACCGGUGACUAAGACAGUGAGCUUGUGGUCAAGCUCAAGGACCUUCCAGCCUAGUGAAGUUAAUUUUCCCAUUACCUUUUCCAAGGAUUGGAAACGAGUAACAUCUUACCUGACAGACAGAUUAUCAGCUAGGAGACAUUUACAUCAUGCACUUUUUAUUGGCUCAGGCAUGGGUCAAUAAAAUACAAGCUCUGAUGGCUGCUGCAAGCUUAGGCCAAACUAAAAUUCCCAAAGGAAAUGGCUCUUAUUCUGUCGGUUGUACAGACUUGAUGUUUGAUUACAGUAAUAAGGGCACCUUCUUGCGUUUGUAUUAUCCAUCCCAAGAGGAUGACCACUCUGACACCCUUUGGAUCCCAAACAAAGAAUAUUUUUUUGGUCUCAGUAAAUUUCUUGGAACACACUGGCUUAUGGGCAAAAUACUGAGCUUCUUUUUUGGUUCAAUGACAACUCCUGCAAACUGGAAUUCUCCUCUGAGGACUGGUGAAAAAUACCCACUAAUAGUUUUUUCUCAUGGUCUUGGAGCAUUCCGGACAAUUUAUUCUGCUGUUGGCAUUGAUCUUGCAUCUCAUGGGUUCAUAGUUGCUGCUGUAGAACACAGAGACGGAUCUGCGUCUGCGACUUACUAUUUCAGGGACCAGUCUGCUGUAGAAAUAGGGAACAAGUCUUGGCUCUAUCUUAAAACCCUAAAACCAGGGGACCAGGAGGUGCCUCUACGAAAUGAGCAGGUGCGCCAAAGGGCAAAGGAGUGUUCCCAAGCUCUCGAUUUGAUUCUGGACAUUGAUCGUGGAAGGCCAGUGAAGAAUGCAUUAGAUGUAGAGUUUGAUGUGGAACAACUGAAGGACUCUAUUGACAGGAAUAAAUUAGCAGUAAUUGGACAUUCUUUUGGUGGAGCCACAGUUAUUCAGACUCUUAGUGAAGACCAGAGAUUCAGGUGUGGUAUUGCCCUGGAUGCAUGGAUGCUUCCAUUGGGUGAUGAAGUAUAUUCCAGAAUUCCUCAGCCCCUCUUUUUUAUCAACUCGGAACGGUUCCAAUAUCCUGCUAAUAUCAUAAAAAUGAAAAAAUGCUACUCACCUGACAAAGAAAGAAAAAUGAUUACAAUCAGGGGUUCAGUGCAUCAGAAUUUUGUGGAUUUCACUUUUGCAACUGGCAAAAUAAUUGGAUACAUGUUCACUUUAAAAGGAGAUAUCGAUUCAAAUGUAGCAAUUGAUCUUAGCAACAAAGCUUCAUUAGCAUUCUUACAAAAGCAUUUAGGACUGCAGAAAGAUUUUGAUCAGUGGGAUUCUUUAAUUGAAGGAGAAGAUGAUAAUCUUAUUCCAGGGACCAACAUUGACACAACCAACCAACAUGUCACUCUACAAAACUCUACAGGAAGAGAGAAAUAGAAUUUAGAUCAAGAGCACUUUUUAAAAAGCUGUCUAAAAGUGUGUGUAUGUGUGUGAUUUUAAUGUUUGUUUGUUUGUUUUUUCUCAAAUAACUCUAUUGUAAAAUGUAGACUAUAUCAUAACAGUGAUUGAAGCUUGUACUGGAAUUUUUUUCCUUAAAGGUAAGGAACGACUGCUAUGUAUAACAAUCAUACCAGCCUAAAUUUUUAUUUUACUAAAAUGAUACUUUUUCAGUGCCAAAAUUAAUAACUAUUUUUACAUUCCUUUAGUGGACAAGUAUAUCAAAACAGGCACAAUGCUAAUGAAAACAUGUUGCAAUGACAUAACUCCCCCCAAAUACAAUAAAUACAGAUUUUUUUUUUUU